AUGACUCUUGUGAAUGCGGCCAUUGACCGCAUUGGAAUGACUUCAUUCCAAUGGAAGUUGUUUUUUCUGAAUGGGUUUGGAUAUGCUGUGGACUCGCUUUUGAUCAGCUGCCAAGGCAUCGCACAGCCUGCAGUUUCGCAAGAGUAUGGCAGCCCAUCGGCGCAACUGGCUGGUAUUGCGCUCGCCUCUCAGGUUGGCCUGCUUGCCGGAGCCGCCUUUUGGGGCUUGUCAGCAGAUAUUAUCGGACGUCGUUUUGCGUUCAACUCUUCCCUCUUUCUGGCUGCCAUUUUCGUCAUCAUUGCAGGUGGGAUGCCGGAUUAUAUAUCGUUUUCGGCCCUAGUCGCACUCUACUCCGCCGCCGUUGGAGGCAAUUAUAUUCUUGACUCAACUAACAUGCUGGAGUUCCUCCCCAACAAGUAUUCCUGGUUGGUGACAUUUAUGUCUCUCUGGUGGGCAGUCGGCUACACUAUUUCUGGGCUUCUAGCAUGGGCGUUCAUGAGCAAUUAUAGUUGUCCUUCUGAUGCCGUUACGUGUGCACGCGUCGACAACAUGGGCUGGCGUUAUCUUCAUUUCACUACUGGCGGCCUUGUACUCAUUCUCAGCAUACUGCGAGUUGUUGUCAUCCGAAUGGUACAGACGCCCAGGUGGCUCUUGUCGCAGAACCGAGACGAGGAAGUCAUCAGCUUCCUAGCAAACCUGGCCGAAAAACAUGGCAAACCUCUCGAACUGACCCUGGAGGAACUGCGUCAAGAGGGGAACAUUAUCCAUACUGAUCAAUCUGUGUGGUCCGCGGUACGAAUUCGGCAGCACUUUGUGGCCUUGUGCCGAACACGUAAGCUCGCCUGGUCGUAUACCGUGAUCAUGCUCAAUUGGCUGGUAAUUGGCAUGGUGAGCCCGCUUUAUUACGUCUUCUUGCCGUACUAUCUUGCCUCUCAAGGCCGGAAAGUUGGAGACGAUUCCAACUACACGACUUGGCGCGAUUAUGCCAUUAAUCAAGUGGCUGGUCUGAUAGGGCCACUUAUUGCAGGGGUUCUCGUCGAGAGCAAGAUCUUUGGUCGAAGAGGCACAAUGGCAAUUGGUGCUUUCGCAACAAUGGUCCUGCAGUUUGGUUAUACACAAAUUCGGACACCAGCACAGAAUGUUGGCGUGUCUGCUGCGAUUUCUGCUGUCUCAAACAUUUAUUAUGGAACAAUAUAUGCAUACACACCGGAAAUUCUCCCGUCAGCUCAUCGAGCAACGGGCUACGCCAUAUGUGUGGUGCUUAACCGCAUUGGCGGCAUUUCGGGCGUUCUUGUCGGCAGUUAUGCAAACGUUGAAACAACCGUGCCACUUUUCGUUUGUGCAGCAUUAUUUGCCCUGCUCAUUGUGUUAAGUCUGCUUCUGCCUUUCGAAAGUCGUGGAAAACGAAUCCAGUAG